AUGCCACUAAACUCAGUCGAAGCACCGGGGAUCAAGGCGGAUGGCCCUCUUUUAGCUAAUAUGCGUGCUGAAGUAGCACGUUUGUUGGACCGAAAGAACCACAGCUUUCCAGGUGCAAAUCCCGUCAGUUUCUCGCGCAGGCAUCUCGAAGAGCUCGAGAAGAAAGAUUACUACGUGUGUGAGAAAUCGGAUGGUAUGCGUUACCUUCUCUACUUGACUGAGGAUGACUUGGGUAACGAAAUACACUACCUCAUAAACCGCAAGAAUGACUUUUGGUUUAUACCGCCGGGCACCUUUCAUUGCCCGACUCCGCGCGAUCAACAAGCUUGGCAUAAUAAUACUAUCAUAGAUGGCGAGCUCGUUAUGGACAAAAAGCCCAAUGGUGAAAUGGAGGCUAAGUACUUGGUCUUUGAUUGCAUGGUUCUCGAUGGGAAUAGUUUGAUGAGUCGGACACUCGAUAAAAGGUUGGCAUACUUCAAAGAAAGAAUCUUCGAUCCGUACAAACAAAUAUUAAAAGAUUACCCUCAAGAAGUUCAGCAUCAACAUUUUCUGAUGGAGCUCAAAUCAAUGCAGUUUUCCUAUGCUAUUGAGCUCAUGUUUAAACAAAUUCUACCCUCACUUCCGCAUGGUAAUGAUGGCCUUAUAUUUACUUGUCGAACUUCAGAGUACAAGUUUGGAACUGACCCACAUAUUUUGAAAUGGAAACCCGAAGCUGAGAACUCGAUCGACUUCAGGUUAAGUCUGGAGUUCCAACUUGUGCAACCCGACGAAUUUGACUUGGCUGAGGGUAUCACGGAACAAUACCACGACUAUGACGCGAUGCCCAUCUUUAAUAUUCAUGUUCACGCCGGGGGAGGCCGUGAAGAUCCAUGGUACGGGACCAUGUAUGUGGAACCAUCUGAAUGGGAAUCAUUGAAAGCAUUGCAGCAGCCGCUCAAUGAUAGAAUUGUUGAAUGUUCAAUGGAUCCUCAAAGACGCUGGCGAUAUAUGCGUUUCCGCGACGAUAAGACCGAGGCAAACCAUACCAGUACAGUGGAAAGUGUAAUUGAAAGUAUUACUGACCGGGUGACAAAACAAGACCUCAUGAAUGCAGCCCCAAAAAUUCGCGAAAAAUGGAAACAGCGAGCAGAAGAGCAGAUGAAUCGUCAAAAGAAUGAGCUCGAUCGAAGGAGAACAAUGAGUUCAAAUGUUAUUACAAGCCAAAACCAAGGCGUCAAAAGAAAAGCAGACGAACAAUGUAAUGGACGGCCUAGCCCUUUCACGCCAGAUGGUUAG